GCAAAUUCAUUUUAGAAUUUCAAUGAAAGUAGUGGAUUUUAAUUAACAAUCAAUCUGCUGGUCGAUCGACCAAAUGUUAAUUGGUUGACAUGCGUAAACAAUUGAAAGCAAAUGUUUACAUUCUCAUAUCACAUGUUCUUGUGCUUUCAGUUUUUCUUUUAAUUUUAUUAUCCCAUUUUUGUGUUAAUUGUUUAUAAUUUGUUUCUCAAAUCUUUCGUUUUGAUCUGAUGAGGCUUUUCCAUAGCCUUUGCAAGACUUUUAGCUUAGUGAACUCAAAUUCAAUUGCCAUGGCGAAAGUAUCAGGACCAUCGGUCAAGGAGGAGAUUCUUAACAUGCCGGAACUCAAAUUACUGUCCGAUCUGUUCAUCAACCGCGGGUAUCUUUUAAGAUUGGCUGGUGGUGCUGUUCGUGAUAUAUUACUGAACACACAGCCGAAUGACUAUGAUCUGGCUUCAGACGCGACUCCAGACAAGAUGAUUGAAAUUCUCUCCAAUCGGGAAAAUAUAAGGUUAAUCACAACUCCAUCAGGGGAGAGACAUGGAACCGUCGCCGCUUUGAUCAAUGGAUCUAAAAUGUUUGAAAUAACUACUUUAAGGAUCGAUAAGGUGACGGACGGAAGACACGCUGAGGUAGAAUUCAUUCAAGACUGGAAACUUGAUGCUUUGAGACGCGACUUUACCAUCAACUCGAUUUUCAUGGAUUUGGAUGGAACAAUUAUUGACUUUUUCGAUGGUCAAAAUGAUCUAAAGGAAGGAGUCAUUAGGUUCGUUGGAAAUCCAACAUCAAGAAUUCAAGAAGAUUAUCUCAGGAUCAUGAGAUACUUUAGGUUUUAUGCAAGAUUUGGACGUAAAGAACACGAAGAAGAGACCGUGAAGGCCAUGACCGAUAAUGUUGAUGGGUUGGCCAAUAUUAGCGGGGAAAGAAUUUGGUCAGAAAUGAAGAAAACGCUCAGUCAACGUAAUUGCAAUAAAGUUAUUCCUUUACUAUUCCAGGCCAAUGUUGCAACUCACAUGGGCUUUUAUACUAAUGUGAAUCCUAUGGACUUGGAACAAUUCAAUAGUGUUCAUGGAAAUGUUUGGGCGAUGGACGUUCCAUUUGAGCCCAUCACUUUAUUCACCAGUUUAAUCAGAACACCAGAAGAACAGAUCAGUCUAAUUACCCGAUUAAGAAUGUCAAAUCUCGAGAAAGAAAUCAGUUCAAUGAUCCUGAACAAACGAAACAAUAAUCAUGAUCUUUCCUUGCGAAGUUUACAAAAAUUUCUUAUUCUCACUUCGAAAUCUAAUCAAAAAGCAUCUCACCGACAAAUCCUCGAGUUACUUAAGUACAAAGGAGCAAAAGAUGUUUACAAUGAUAUUGUCGAUUGGACAGUUCCGGUUUUCCCGCUUCGAGGCGACAAAAUUGGACCAAAAAUGAAAAAACGUCAAAUGAUAAGUCAAGUUAUGUCCGAAUUGAAAACUAUUUGGGCCGAUAACUCAUUUGAAAUGACCGAUGAUGAGCUUAUCAAGGAGAUGGACAAACUAAUAGAGAAAUAUAAUUCAAUUGCUUCUUGAUGAUUAGGAAUAAUUGUAAUUAAGAGUAUUCAAAUACACCAUUAAAGUUCAUAUUGAAAUUUUAUUUCCGGUAUAAAUCAAGUCGAAUCAUCGAUAUAGAAUCAAAAGAAACCAUCCAAUGGAUGUUGUCUGUCCAGCAGAUUCAGAGCUUUUGUUCAGAAUGAGUUCUAUCUUUAGGAGAAAUUAAGAGAAACAAUUUAUCACAGAUAAGAUCGUCUUCUUUUAGAAAGUCAUGUUGACUUAAAUAGCCACUGAUGUUACUGGAUUUUUACUAAUCGAAUCAUCAAAAGCGUUUUGAACGACCGUUUUUAAAUCUUUUUCUCCUGAUUCUUUCCAAUAUUUAACGAUUGUUGAUAAAUUUGGACAAUUAGAUAAACAUUGAGGGUUCGGUGAUGCCAUAACUUCAAUUAAAAUUUUGGCAAAUUUAUCUUCCUCGGGUCUCAAUGUUGACGAUGCUUGAGAAAGAUAACUAGCCAACAUCGGAUAAUCAGUUGCUACCUGUCGACCAGCUUGACAUGCUAUUGAUUCCUUACACUCGUCACUGUCCAGUCCAAGAACGACCAUCGCUUGUUGAACCAAUGGUUCCAGUUCAGUCACCUGGUUGAGUUUCUUGACAAAGGAAUCAGUUGAACCAACCAACGGCUCCACAACUGGACCAAGAUUACGAGCUGAUCUGGCGAUUGUUGGUCCAACCAAAUAAGAUGUCACCCCGAAUAAAGAUAAAGACCUUUGAAGGGCUUCAGCCAGUCCUGGUACAGGAUUUGUUAAAGCUCGAAUCAUAAUUGGAACCACAGUGUCAACAAGUUGGUUCUGUUUGACAAUUAGUUCUCGUAAUAACUCUACAGCGGGCAAAGCUUCAAUUGUUUCUAUUAUAUUCUCGGGACCCAAGGGCAUUGACGGCGAUGAAACUGAGGAGGUUUGAGGAACCAUUGUGUUUGGUCGUUGGCUGGAUAGGUCAAAAUUCACCAAUAAAAUUAAACAAAUUAAAAUAAACACACUUGUUGAUGAACUAUUCAUGAUGUGGAAAUUAAAAUGAUUGCAAAGCAACACUAGGAAAAUAAUAAUUAACUGGUAAAAGUGAUGAGAAACUGUUUCAGUUUAAUUGACUUAAAAUUGUGAUGACA